CGUACUCACGUUGUUAAUGUAUUUAUCGAUAUUCCAAUUGCCAAAGUAAAUAAUUGUUAAAGUAAAAUGAAUUUUCAUAAAUUAAAUAUUACUGCCGGCAUUUCAAUAAGAUGUUUGAAGUAUUCAACUAAUGUUACAAAGCCAGAACUACCUGCAUCCUUUGUCAAUGAUAAUGUGGAAUAUGAGAUCUCCAGAGACAAAUCUGGUCUUCGACGACAGCAUAAGAAUAUUCUUCAUGAAACAAACCCAUAUAGUGAGGCUCACUCAUGGAUACAUUUGACGGAGAAAUAUCAACGAGGAGUGUAUGGAAAAUAUGGUGCAAAGAGUAACAUUAGUCCCCAAAUUUGCUUUGGAACUAAAUCGGAAAUAGCCGCAGCGAGAAAGUUCCAGACCAUUACGCAACCCAAAACAAUUCAACAAAUGAUUGAGACGGCGCGAGCCGCAAAGGCGGCUAAAUUAGCAGCAAUCGCUGAACGUGAGGAUGGCAUUGCUAAGAAAUUGGAGAAAUUGGAACAAUGGAAGGCUGACCUUAAUGCAAAGGUUGCAAAGAGGGAAGCCGAUGCUGCAGCGGCAAUUGCGCGAAAGGAACGAUUAAUAGAGGAAGUUCGCCGGCAUUUCGGAUUCAAGGUGGAUACACGAGAUGAGCGCUUCAAGGAAAUGCUCGAGCAGAAGGAGAAGGAGGAUAAGCGAAAACAAAAAGAAGCCAAGCGAAAAGUCAAAGAGGAAAAGAUGAUGGCAAAAUUAGUUAAACAAACAUCUUAGUGCAAUUGUAUAAAAGAGCAGACAAUAUACAUAAACAACGUUGUUGAAAUUUAUUUAAAAAUUUUUAUAUUUUGUCAAAUCUAAUUAUCAUGUUCUCAAAUACUUUCCAUGUUCAAGAUUGUUUUUAAUGUUAAAUUCAAGUGCUGUCAAACACCUUGGAUACAUGUUUGAUUUAACCUUACCUGUCCACCAAAUUAGUGACGGAAGUUUUCAGGUUCAUUGUCAUGACUACUCAUCUCAAAUGAAAUAGUGGAAACCCCCAGCCAUUCAUCAUUUGUUUUAAAGGUACCACUUUAUUUUUAUUUCAACUAACCAUGAUAAUUUAACAAUACAAUUGCAUAAAUGUAGUAACGAUUUGUAGACUUUGGUUUAAAUUUUCCGCAUUUGCAAAUGUUGUACAAAAUUUUGAGGCUGUUUGCAAUUCAUAUUCGUUUCAUUAUUAUUUUUUUUAUUAUUUAUUUGAUUUAAACUUAUUUACCUCUAAUUAUAAAUAAAGACACUAUAUACAAGGCACUUUA